CCCAGAAGAAGUUCUCCAGUCUUGUCAAAGGUGUCAACAUGGCGGCGGUGGACGUCGUCGUGGGCAACUUGGUGACUCUUUGGAGGAUACCAGCCGUCCGACAGAAAUUCCCCUGGAUGUUUUUGCUCAUUUCGGUCGUGGGUUCCAUCCUCAAAGAGUUCCAGGUCAUCCCGCAGACGUAUUUCAGCAGCAGCAGAAAUGUCCUGAAUGUGUAUUUUGUCAAAGUGUCCUGGGGUUGGACACUGCUGCUCCUGACUCCCUUCCUCCUCCUCUCCAACACCGCAUUCAGCAGAAACGUGCUCUUCCUCGUCCGAAGGCUCCUCUCUCUGGCAGUGGCGACGGCUGUGUGGUACGUUUGCACCGAAACCUUCUUCUACAUCGAGGACGUGACCGGCUCGUGUUUUAAAGCGGACUCCAUGGACAACGUCAGUCUAGAGUACACCUCCAAAGCCGCCUGCAGGCGCGCUGGCUUGCACUGGCACGGCUACGACAUCUCUGGACACUCUUUCAUCCUGACAUAUUCUGCGCUGUUCAUUGUGGAGGAAACCGUACCCAUGGCCUCUCUGAGGACCGAGAGUUUGUCAGUGCUCCCAAGGAUGGUUCUAAACUUUCUCUAUGUGGCACUAAACCUUAUCGUAAUUAUAUGGCUGUGGAUGUUUAUCUGCACCGCUGUUUACUUCCACGACCUAUCUCACAAGGUGCUCGGUACUGUAACUGGACUGCUGGCGUGGUAUCUGACAUAUCGGCUUUGGUAUCUUCACCCUUUGUCUCCAGGACUCCCCCCUCAACGCCACAUGAAAGAAAAGAAACAAAACACUUAGGCAGCUUUCUUAUUGUCUACGUUUAAAGGGGAACUGCACUUUUUUGGAAUGUUACCUAUUGUUCACAAUCAUUCUGAAAGACAUGACAGUGGAUAUAUUAAAAAAAAAAAAAGUCUGCUUACAGCGGAGCCAAUAGAAGGUCAUCUUGUUCGCCCAUAAAACAAAUAAAAAAAACAUCCAAAAAUCGCCAACACUACUCCAUUUACAUUUCGUGACAUCAAUAUUAACCAAGUAUUAGUGAUAUUGUUAUUACAAGCGCUAACGCAGACAAACUAUUUAUAGCGGCGCCAUGGUCACGAGCUUGUGUGCCAAUAUUGACAUGAUCGACUGAUCAGCUGCUUUCUCGUUUCCUUGCUCGUCAAACUAUUGUAGAUCAUAAAUUAUGCCUUUCACCUGAAUAGUAGGACGAAGAUGUAUUCUGACAAGUUGGUACACUUUGACAGCCAAUUUAGACCCGGUAAUGGCGAGAACGACACAAAAAGACGCUUGGUUCCACCCUUUUUUUCUUAGCGAGGAUUAAGAGUCAUUCUUCAUCUAAAUGGGAAUAUAUGAACGUCCUAUCAGUCGGCAUCCUAAUGACAGCAGACAUUGUACAGUAAGUGAUAUUUUAUCAUUUUUGUUGGCUCUCAUGAAGUCUGCAGUGAGUAAUAAUCAUACAACAUUACAUUAAUACUUACAUCAUGCAUAUAACAUGUUUUUUAAGGGCUUUCUAGGCAGAAUAGAGCGACUCCCAUAGGCGCCAUUGUAAGCAGACUUUCAAUCGCAUUUAUGUAAUAUUUAGAAUGCAUAAAAAUAAACAUCCGUCAUGUCUUUCAUAAUGAUUGUGAACGAUAAGCAAAAUUCCAAAAAAGUGCAGUUCCCCUUUAAAAUGGAUGCACUGUUUUAAGUUAGUACUUUCUCGUGGGGAGAAUCAUUGUGCACAUUUUUUCGCUGCUACUACUAAUUUGGUAUGAGAGCAGGGGUUUACAGUCCAUUUGGACAUCAGUGACAAGUGUUGUUUCCAGACCAACGUACACUACUUUCUCCAUUUUUUUAAGACAAGAUCCCUUUUUAGAUGGAUUUCAAACAGUUUAUUUACGUCAGCUGGCUAAGGUUAAAAACCUGCUUUCUAGGCAACAGUUUGAGACAGUAAUCCAUGCCUUUAUUACAUCUCGGCUGGAUUACUGUAACGCUUUAUAUUUUGGAAUUAGUCAGUCCUCCCUCUCACGUCUGCAGCUGGUCCAAAAUGCAGCUGCCCGACUUUUAACAAACACAAGAAAAAGAGAGCACAUUACUCCUGUUUUAGCCUCCCUCCACUGGCUGCCUGUGUCUUUUAGAGUCCAUUUUAAAAUUAUCUUACUUGUUUUUAAAUCCUUACGUGGUCUUGCCCCACCUUACCUCUCUGAGCUGCUCCACCUCUAUGCCCCCACCCGGUCCCUCAGGUCAGCUGAUCAGCUGAUCCUGGAGGUACCCAAAUCCAAGCGUAAGCUCAGGGGGGACAGAGCCUUCUCUGUUGCGGGCCCAAAACUCUGGAAUGAUCUUCCACUUCAUGUGAGACAGGCCCCUUCUUUGGCUAUUUUUAAGACCCUUCUUAAAACCCAUUUUUAUUCACUGGCUUUUAACCCAGCAUGAGACUUUAAACUGUUUUUAACUUUUAACUUUUUUAACUGCUUUUUAUCUAACAAAAUUGUUCUUAGGGUAAUUUUGUAUUUGCUUUUUUAAUGUGUAUUUUACUUCUGUUUUAAAUUUUAUUUUUUAGUCUGUCCUUUGCCUUUAUUUCUUUGUGGUGUACAGCCCUUUGUUUUUCAACUGUGGUUGUUUUUAAAGGGCUUUAUAAAUAAAGUUGGUAUGGUAUGGUAUGGUAUCACUUUUGAUUUGAAACCAAUAUGACACUAUUUAUUUGUUUAUGCGAUGCAUUGAAAGGUAGAUCAAACUGCUUGUUAUCUGCCUUGCAUGUGCCAAUGACAUGGAAUGAAAUGUUUCCACUCAAUGAAGUGUUGUGCAAUGUUCUCACAGUCCAUACAAAAGUAAUAAUAGAUGAUUUAAAACCAACUCAUACAAAUGAAAAGUCACACUUUAGGGAGCUCCCAAUGUAUAUAUCAUUACAGUGAAAUCACCCCAACUGUAACCAUGCAAUUAUAACUUUAGGUCUUCUGCUUUUCCCCAAAUCACAACAAAAUUUGCUCUUAUCUUUGCAUUUUUAGUUUUUAUUUGUCAUUGAUGGCAACUGAAUAAAUUAAGGCUUAUGAACAAACAUCAUAAAAAGCACCAUAAAUAAAUGCAUAUAAAUAGAAAUAUAAAAACAUAAAAAGUAGAAAAUAAAAAAAUACUAUCGUGAGAUAUAACGGCCACCAUCACAUAUACAAUGUCUUGACUGUGUGUGUGAUGCAGGAGAUUCCAGGCGGGCCCAAAAGGUGGAGUCGCAAAUCCAGUUAAUUAAAAUGAAUCUUAGUGCAUUUAGAAGAUGAUGUCGGUUGCAAACUCAAUAGCUAAAAGGCAUGAUCACACAAUCUUCCUACACUUAAAUCACAUGAUAUGUCCCAUUGUGCUCAUUAGAGCUCAUCAUGUUCAUGCACACUUCUGUGUGUGUUCCUCAAGUCAUCAAUCUCACAUGUGUUCCCUAAUUAAAAGGACUUCUGCCCAGAGAAUCAAUAGGAACAUGAAACCGGAUGCUUAAUAAAAACCAAGUUGGCUGCUUAUUUCCUGCACUCAAGAGUUUUAGCUCAGGACAUUGUCUAGACCUUCUCAAACUGUGGUAUGUGUACCACUAGUGGUACGCCAAAUAAUCACUUGAUUAUAGUACAGUGCUUUAUUUUCCUAUAUUCAAACACAGUGUUACUGUUCAAACUGUGUAAUGUUACAGUGGCCAAAAAUAUUAAAAAUACUUGUCAAAAAAAACCUCUGCCUUGUUUUAAUGAAUACUUAGGCUUACUACACUACUGUAUUUUAAUGUUGGUCAUUAGAAUACAGCUUGUUGGUGGUGCUUAGAGAGACUAGUUUUUUUCUGAGGUGGUACUUGUUGAAAAAAGUUUGAGAAGCCCUGGGCUGGAUGACUUCAGCUGUUGUCAUGGAGAAACAGCAAGUAACAAGUUAACACUGGGCAGAGUAGAAGAUUGUGUCUUCAAACAUAGCCUUGACAAAUUGUCUCAAUUUCAAUGCUUCCAUUUCACGAGUCACUGUUUCCUCUGUUAAAUCUUGAAAGGAAAUAAAGAAUCUAUUGAUUUUUCCUGCUCAUUAUUGCUGG